GGAAAAAGCUGGUAACAGCUACUCCUCUGUCGCAUCUUCCAGAGUUUCGCAACUCAGCAGAUAAAGGUGAGUCUCUCUCUCUCUUCAGAUUUGGAUCCCAAAAUCUAGGGCUAUUCUCAAUUGUGCUGAUCUGCUAAUUAAGCCCUCAAGUACGGGCAUGGAUAGUCUUCACAGCUAUUGGCAGUUUGGCGAUGAGCUUCGAGGACAAUCAAAAGUCUCGGAGGAUCAUAAAUGGUCAACGGCUGCUAUGAAAUUGGCUGAGCAGAUAAGGUCCAAGGGUGAACGGAGGAAUAACCUAGACUUUUCAAAGGGCUCAGCUGAAAUUAGGCCCAGGGACAACAUAGGGUUUCAGGAAGACAACAAAUGGGAAAGCCUCAACUUCUACAUGUUGAAUUUGGACAACAAGAUGAAUGAGAAUGUGUCGAAGAGCUCCAUGGCUAGUGGCAUGUACAAUAUGAAUUCGGCACAUCUUAAACUCAACGUCAACAGCUUGGGAAAUGUGUCUUUAAGCAAGUUAAACAUUGGGAACCACACCAAGGAAAGCAACAACAACAGUGAGAGCACCAAUGGGAACAAUGCUGCUGACAAAAGGUUUAAGACUUUGCCUGCUGCCGAGACGUUGCCCAGGAAUGAAGUUCUUGGUGGAUAUAUAUUUGUUUGCAACAAUGACACUAUGCAGGAAGACUUGAAGCGCCAGCUGUUUGGUCUCCCUCCAAGGUACAGAGAUUCUGUAAGGGCAAUAACACCAGGCUUACCGUUAUUCCUCUAUAAUUACACUACUCACCAGUUACACGGUAUCUUUGAGGCAGCAAGCUUUGGAGGUUCUAACAUUGAUCCAACAGCUUGGGAAGAUAAAAAGUGCAAAGGAGAAUCACGGUUUCCUGCUCAGGUGAGGACCCGUGUCAGGCAAAUCUGUAAGCCUUUGGAGGAAGAUGCUUUUAGGCCAGUUUUGCAUCACUAUGAUGGUCCCAAGUUCCGUCUUGAGCUCUCCAUACCUGAGACUUUGGACUUGCUAGAUCUCUGCGAAAAAGCUGGUGUCUAGGAUGAAGUAAUGGACUAAUUGGGCAUAAACAAAUCGUAGCAGUGUAUGUGAAUGUUAUAGGUUGUGUUGUGCUUGUCAGUGGUGUGCUUUCCGCAGAUUUUCCAAAGCGCAAGCUUCGAUGGUAAGUCUGAAGGGACUUAGUCGUAGGAUUGGCUUGUGUAGCCAAAUAAGUGUAAUGGUUCUCUGCGGAGAUGUUUGCAAAGUAGGUCCAUGAUGCAGCUUGUAAUCUUGUAGCAAGCUUGGGAAGUAAUAUAUUGUGUAUUGAGUGAAGAUCGUAUGUAUUUUCUAUUUCUCCGUGGAACGCUGCUUAAUCCAAUUUGUGCAAUGGGUGCAGUGAAUUCUACAAGUGUGUUUCUUUCCUUCAAUGGGGGCUUAUGUUGCCAAAUAAGUGUAAUGGUUCCCUGCUCAUGAUCCAUAAACGGUGUAGCAGAAUUUUGCUAAUGACUUGCAACAAUCAGUAACAGAUGUUUACAGGGUUA